AUGAGCCGCCAGCAGCCUCAGCAGCAACCUCAGGUUCAGCCCUGCAGAUACAAAGUCGGAAAGACACUGGGAGCGGGCUCGUACUCCGUCGUCAAGGAAUGCGUCCAUAUUGAUACCGGGCGCUACUAUGCGGCCAAAGUUAUCAACAAGCGACUCAUGGCGGGGCGAGAGCACAUGGUUCGCAAUGAAAUCGCCGUCCUCAAAAAGGUGUCCAUGGGGCACCAAAACAUCCUAACGCUAGUCGACUACUUCGAGACAAUGAACAACCUCUAUCUUGUUACGGACCUGGCUCUCGGAGGCGAACUGUUUGAUCGCAUCUGCCGCAAGGGCUCAUACUAUGAAUCCGAUGCGGCCGAUCUCAUCCGCGCAACGCUGUCCGCCGUCGCAUACCUCCACGACCACGGUAUUGUUCACCGCGACUUGAAGCCCGAGAAUCUACUCUUCCGCACACCCGAAGACAAUGCAGACUUGCUCAUCGCCGACUUUGGUCUCUCCCGCAUCAUGGACGAGGAACAGUUCCAUGUCUUGACCACCACCUGCGGCACUCCUGGCUACAUGGCUCCCGAGAUUUUUAAGAAGACGGGCCAUGGUAAGCCCGUCGACCUGUGGGCCAUAGGCGUCAUCACCUACUUCCUCCUGUGCGGUUACACCCCGUUCGACCGUGACUCCGACUUUGAAGAGAUGCAGGCCAUCCUCAACGCCGACUACAGCUUCACUCCGGUCGAGUACUGGCGCGGCGUCUCGUCGUAUGCCAAGGACUUCAUCCGCCGCUGCCUCACCAUCGACCAGGACAAGCGCAUCACUGCCCACGAAGCCCUGCAGCACCCCUUCGUCGCCGGCCUCGCGCCCUCAGAUGGCGCUGGCGAGAACUUGUUGCCCACGAUUAAGAAGAACUUCAACGCUCGGCGCACGCUUCACGCUGCCAUCGACACCGUUCGCGCCAUCAACAAGCUCCGUGAGGCGCAGAAUCUGAUGAUGGACGGCGCCCGCUCCCAAGAGCCUGCUCGCGCUCGUGGAGGUCCCAACGCUGCUGCUCCGCCCAUCAGCGGUGCUCGUAAGGACGACAGCGCCAUAUCUAUGGGCUCUAGUCAGGGCAACGACGUCGACACCAGCGCUCACAGACAGGCUGAUGAUGUAGUCAUGGGCAACACAACGCCCAGCUCCGACGUGCCUGCGUUGCUACAGCCAGGCAAUCUAGCUAACCGUAUCGUGCAAACAAGCAAAGGUCUCUGGAACCCUGAAGCCGCAAGGUAG